AUGCCGACGAACAAACCACACCCAAUCACCAAUUUCAAGCCACUUCCUCCUAUCCAUCUCCAGUAUAUACAGGGCAUUGAACGGCUGAUUGGGAUUUUGUGUGGGCGCGUCUUCCUGUUUCAUCCUCUCCCUUCUACCCCUCUCUCGCAUUUUCUUUCUUUCUUUUUUCUUUCUUUCUUUCUUUCCUCACGUUCUCCCCCUCUCCGUCUGUGUAUUCAUAUUUCUCUCUUUAAUGCAUUAUUUCCCUUUUCGUUGUCUUUUUUAAAUAUUCUGCCUUUCUCAAUCUGUAUUUCUCUUAACCCUCUCUUUUUCUCUCUCAUUCCCUCUCUCUUUCAUUCUCUCUCUCUCUCUCUCUCUCUCUCUCUCUCUCUCUCUUUCUCCCCAUGUCCUCGACAAAAUCCUCUCUCUCUCUCUCUCUCUCUCAUACACACACUCUCUCUCACACAAACAUUCUCUCUAUUACUUAUUUUACUGAGUUUAAAUAUUCUGCUUAUCUCAAUCUGUAUUUCUCUUAACCCUCUUUUUUCUCAUUCAUUCUCUUUCUCUCUCUCUCUCUCAUUCUUUUUCUCUCUAUCUCUCUCUUUCUCUCUCUCUUUCUCUCUCUCUCAUUCUUUUCUCUCUCUCUCUUUCUCUUUCUCUCUCUCAUUCUCUUUCUCUCUCUCUCUCAUUCUUUUUCUCUCUCUCUCUCUCUCAUUCUUUUUCUCUCUCUCUCUCUCUUUCUCUCUCUCUCAUUCUCUUUCUCUCUCUCUCUCAUUCUUUUUCUCUCUCUCUCUUUCUCUCUCUCUCAUUCUUUUUCUCUCUCUCUCUCUUUCUCUCUCUCUCAUUCUCUUUCUCUCUCAUUCUUUUUCUCUCUCUCUCUCUUUUUCUCUCUCUCUCAUUCUUUUUCUCUCUCUCUCUUUCUCUCUCUCUCUCUUUCACUCAAUCUAUUUAUAUGCCUUUCUUUAUUUUACUUCUUGA